GGACUUUCCGUUUGGGGGAUUAUAACCGAAAGGUCUCAGAACUUGAAGCUAAGCCAACCAAGCAAAAGAAGAGCCGCCGCGUCUGAGUUGACACUGAAUGAGUGACCCACGAAAUGGGCCCCAGCAUGGCCUAGCUUUUGCUAUUCAAGCACCGAUUCAACUCAAAACGUUUUUCUUUGGCCUUCGCUCUUUCUCUCUUGGUCUUUCUCAUCGCUCUCGUCGCAGCAGGUCUGCUUCUCAUUCAAAACUACAUUUCCCCCUCAACUCUUUGCUAAGGUCAAAGUCCGUUGUUCUUCUUUUAUUAUUCCCUUCUUAAUUGUGGAUUGAUUCUGCUCACCUUUGUUCAUAUAAGAAAGCGCUUCUCAGCACAGCAUAUAUAUAGUUCCCUACAUAUCCACCCAUUUCAUUGCUACCUCCUUUUUUAUUCUUUUUGCAAUGUCAUACACUGGUGCUACCGAGAACCCUUCGUCUUUGCAUCAUCGCCAAGACACUCGCCCUACUUACCAUGACGACAGUAGCGAUGACGGCUUUUACGAUUAUUUAUCAGAAGAUGACGAUGACUACGAUGAAAUUGCGUAUCUGCGGCAUAAACUCAAUCGCCUAGAACUAGAUAACAAGUUUUUAUCUCAGCAAAAUACCCAUCUUGGAAAGGAACUGUCUUUCAACCGAUACACUACGGUUGCAAUGAGAAACAUUGUUUCUCAAAAAGAGUCGUCUCUGCAGGCAGCCAGUCAGGAACUGGAAAAGGCUCACUUUCGUAUCAGGAUGUUGGAAACCCUGCUUACGGGUCGCAAACAGCUUUACGAUAUCGUACCACCUCAUAGUCCAUCUGGAAUGGACCAAUCUUUGCGCUCACAGGCCAUUCAUGCUCUCAAGAAGAACCAUCGCUCAACUGUGACCGAAGACGAGUCAGCUCUUGAUGAGGAUGACUCCGACUACGAUCAUGAUGUGCGUAGAACGAACAUUCAGUCUGUUUUACCCAUUCGCUCGUCUUCUCCUUCCGACGACAUACCCGACUCUCGUCGCUCAUCGCAGGAUAUCUCUGCCAGUGGCAGCGAUUCCGAUGAAAGCUCCGUCCACCAAUCCAGUCCACCUAGCCGUCCAUCCGAUGAUAAGGUCAAUAUCUGGAACAAGAACGAAGACUUGUUUGCUGAUGAAUACGUCGAUCUAGUCGGCUGGCACGACGACGAAGAUACCAAUCAAAUGGCCCAGAAAUCCGUUAAACCGUCGUUCAUCAAUCACCAGCCUAUAGUCACCUCUUUGUAAAUUUUCUCUUUUUUUCUCGUUUUGAUGCUCGCUGUUUGGGUUACCCCCUAUUUUUCCCAUGUAGCUAGCUACCAUCACCAUUUCCUCUCACUUUGAUCGUUUUAUAUAAAACAUAAAGAAAAAAUUUGACAAACCAUUGGUAAA